AACUUCCUACAGGACGGAGAGAGGGAGAGAGGGAGAGAGAGAGAGAGCUUUACUGAGGAAGCGCGCGCACACAGAGGGAGCGGGUGGGAGCGGGAGCGCGCGCGGCCCUGCAGCCGGUUGUGUGUGUGUGAGCCGCGCGGAUUUAUUCCCUCACCACGGAGCGGAAGGCGGACAGCGUGUUCUCCUCCCCCGCGCCCCGACAUUUCUUUAAGCAAGAAAUGGAAGAGAGCUCGAGCUCCCCCGUGUCUCCGGUGGACAGCCUCGGGACCAGUGAGGAGGAACUGGACCGCCACCAGCACCACCAGCACCACCGGCGCUUCGGCCGCAAGAGGAGACCCAGUAAGAAGUCGAGCGAGGAGGACAGCUCCGGGGGAAGCCCCGGCUCGGCCAAGCGGAGCAAGAAGGCGAGUCCGAACCGAGCCCAGUCCUACGAGGAGCUGCAGAACCAGCGCGUGCUGGCCAACGUGCGCGAGCGGCAGAGGACUCAGUCUCUGAACGAGGCGUUCGCGUCUCUGCGCAAGAUCAUCCCGACCCUGCCCUCAGACAAGCUCAGCAAGAUCCAGACCCUCAAGCUGGCCUCGCGAUACAUCGACUUCCUCUACCAGGUGCUGCAGAGCGAUGAGAUGGACAGCAAGAUGUCCAGCUGCAGCUACGUCGCGCACGAGAGACUCAGUUACGCCUUCUCGGUGUGGAGGAUGGAGGGCGCGUGGUCCAUGUCCGCCUCGCACUAGCGGCACGCGCGCGCGCACACACACACAGCGGGACAGCAGCAUGCCACAUGGACUGUUUACUUCCACUAUUUCUGAAGACACCAAAGGAUUUAUUGAAGAACUCAUGAAGCUUCAUGCCUUGACCAAAGACACGAUCUGAGCUACACAAUAUGGACUCAAAGUGCUGAUGAAGCCCAGCGUCAGGGAAAGCUCCACUUCACCUCCCCAGACAGGAAGAACAGCAGAGCGUAUCUGAUAUUUAAUCAUUUCCACACCGUAACUCUAGAUGUCCUUCUGGUGAUAGUAUUAAAAAAGAAAGAAAAAAACGCCAUCUUCUAUCUUUAAUGAAACUAUAUUUUCCCCUUGAAAUAGAAGAGAAAUUUAUAUUAUAUUAUAUAUAUAUAGAUGUAUAUGAUUUUUAAAAACUUUUUUUAUUAUUAUUUUUUUUUAGUAAAGUAUUGUACAUAGUGCUACCUGUGAGUUUGGUCAGCUUUAAAGGGGACCGAUACGAUUUAGAGCAAUAGUUUCCUGCAUGGAUUACUGCUUUUUUUUUUUUUUUUACAUUCGAAACCAACAAAACCAAAAAAAAAAAAAUUCUUUUGUUCUAUGCAAGAAUUUCAAUUUCCGUCCAUUAAAUUGUGCUUAUUUAUUAAAACAUAUUUUUUGAACAAA